AUGGUUCGCCGAUCUAUCUACAUGUACGGAGAGGCCUUGGAAAAAUCUCCUGUUGGGCAGAUCGGCUGCGGACUCGGGCAAGCUUUGUCGACUGGAACCAGCUCGCUUGUGGCGCCCCUACAGAACAUCACCAAGAAUGGGUUUCUCGCCCCAGGCAUUGAGGGUCUGCAGAUUAUCUGCCAAUUGACUCCGGGAACCGAAGCCCCUGCAGAAGUAAACUUUUACUUCCCUGACUACAGAGCGCUGUGCAUGGCGGAGAAUGCGACCCAUACCUUGCACAAUAUCCAAACGCUGCGAGGUGCUCCAGUUCGUGACGCACGACUCUGGUCACGAUAUAUGGAUGAGUCGAUUACCCUGUUCGGUGACAAAAGUGAUGUGGUGUUCUAUAGCCACCACUGGCCGACCUGGAACCAAGAUGGAAAGCUGGUGGUCAAGUUUCUAUCCGAACAACGUGAUUAUUACGCCUACCUGCACAAUGAGACACUUCGACAGCUCAAUGACGGCAAGACACCAGUCGAAAUUGCGGAAGAGAUCCAGAUGCCUCCAACUCUGAGUGCGCGGACAAACCUCCGUGGCUACUAUGGCUCAAUCAGUCACAAUGUAAAAGGAGUCUCUGACCACUACAUGGGUUGGUUCGAUGGAAACCCUGCUUAUCUGUGUCCACUCACUCCCGUUGAUGAAGCAACCGAACUUGUCAAAUGCAUGGGUGGCAGCGAAGCUGUGCUUGAAAAGGCCCAGGUUUAUCACACUAACAAGAAUUUGCGAUUCGCCGCUACAUUGUUGGACAAGCUUGUUUUUGCAACCCAAAGCUGUCCUGACGAAAAGAAUAGCGAGGUUGCCAAGGAGGCAAAGCAGGAGCUGGCGGCUGUGUAUACCGAGCUGGGAUACAGCACGGAAAAUGGAACGUGGCGCAAUUUCUUCCUCACCGGAGCCUUCGAGCUGCAAAAUGGGCCCCAAUCGGCGAUCAACGCAAUGACACCUCAGUCGUUGUUGGCUCUAGGCUUUGACCAGCUAUUCGAUAUUAUCGCUAUCCGUAUCAAUGGACCAGAAGCGUUCAAGCAACCCACGAAAUAUCUCGAAAAGGAAAUCACCAUUGAUUUUAUGGUCGAGGACGUGGAACAACUCGAAAAGCCAGGUGCUGGAUGGCACCUGAGACUCAGCAAUGCUGCCCUGACGGGGCAUGCCGUUCCAUAUACGGCAUCUCCGAACCCUCGAAGCGCCGGAAUUGCUCUGAGUGUCUGGCUCAAGCACCAGGAACUCGUGGCCCUCAUCGGAGCUGCAGCUGCUGGCAAGACCUCGAAUCUCGACAAGCUCAUAAUUUCCGGGAACGUGGACGCUUGGACCGAUAUCACGUCCCUGGUCACUGUGCCGAACCCUGCAUUCAACAUUGUAACGCCUUAG